AAUUGGGCGGGUUUUACUUUAGACUGUGACAGAGGAUUACAGAGGCCGGUUGUUUGUUGUCAUCAAGAUGGAGUUUCUGCUGGGGAACCCGUACACCACCCCUGUUGGCCAGUGCAUCGAAAAAGCUACAGAUGGCUCCCUACAGAGUGAGGACUGGACGCUUAAUAUGGAAAUCUGUGAUAUUAUUAACGAGACAGAGGAAGGUCCAAAAGAUGCAAUUCGGGCAUUAAAGAAGAGGCUGAAUGGAAACCGGAAUUACAGAGAAGUGAUGCUCGCAUUAACCGUUUUAGAAACCUGUGUGAAGAAUUGUGGACAUCGCUUCCAUGUCCUGGUGACGCACCGUGAUUUCAUAGAUGGGGUCCUUGUGAAAAUUGUUUCUCCUAAAAACAAUCCACCAACCAUUGUGCAGGACAAAGUAAUGGCAUUGAUUCAGGCUUGGGCAGAUGCAUUUAGGAGCAGCCCUGACCUCACUGGAGUUGUGCAUAUUUAUGAGGAACUAAAGAGGAAAGGAAUUGAAUUUCCAAUGGCGGAUCUGGAUGCUCUGUCACCAAUACACACACCUCAAAGGAGCACCCCUGAGGUGGAUCCUGCUACAAACAUGCAUACAGCUCAGACCCAAAACAAGGUCAAUUCCAUCUCCUCCUCCUCCUCCUCCUCCAUCCCACCACCUUAUGAAGUCUCAGAAGGACCUCCAACUGUUGUGGGCGGGCCCAUCACAGCUAAUGCUGAGCAGAUUGGACGGCUUAGAAGUGAGUUGGAUAUUGUUCGUGGAAAUACCAAGGUCAUGUCUGAGAUGUUGACUGAGAUGAAGCCUGGACAGGAAGCUGCAUCAGACCAUGAGCUAUUACAGGAUUUAAAUAGGACUUGCAGGGCAAUGCAGCAAAGGAUUGUAGAGCUCAUCUCCCGGGUGUCAAAUGAGGAAGUCACAGAGGAGCUUCUACACGUCAACGAUGAUUUAAAUAAUGUCUUCCUCCGAUAUGAGAGGUUUGAGAGAUAUAGAUCAGGACGUGCUGCACAGAACAGUAAUGGGGUACUGAAUGACUUGACUGAAGAUAACUUAAUAGACCUUGGACCUGGAUCCCCUGCAGUUGUGAGUCCGAUGGUUGGAAACACUGCACAUUCAACACUGCCCUCCCAGCUGGGUGUACUAGACGCGGGUACAAACAGUCUCAGUGCUCCUGUGAGUUCCAUUCCCCCUAUAAACCCUCGGGAUGACUUUGACAUGUUUGCGCACACUAGAAGCAACACAUUAGCUGAUCAAAGGAAGAAUGUAACGUACGAGGACCCACAAGCUCUCGGAGGAUUGGCAUCUGCUCUGGAUGUCCGGCAACAAAACUCAGGAGGGAGGAGAUUGAGAGGUGGAGGUACAGACAUGGAGCCCAUAGACAAAUGGCUCAUCACUCAAGGAAUGAUUCCAGUUCCACAGCCCUCUGACAUGGAUGAUAUAGAGGAGUGGCUCGGUACAGACGUGAAGGGAGAUGAAGUGGAUGAAGGAGUGACAAGCGAAGAAUUUGAUAAGUUCUUAGAAGAACGAGCUAAAGCUGCAGAGAAGGUACCAGACCUGCCUUCCCCGCCCACGGAGUCCAUCCCAUCCAUCAACCCUGCAGGCCAGAAGAAACAGGAGCGUACUGAGGAUACACUGUUUGCUCUGUAAAUAGAUUUGUGCUCCUUGUGUUUCUGUACAGUAUCCAUCACAUUCCCCCAGACAGCAGAGGCCAGGCCCAGCACUAACAGUUCCCUGUUUCCCUCAUUCAGCCCCCAUAAUAGGGUCUUGAAGAAAGAGAAAAACAAAACUACAGCCUUUCACUUACUGCUUGUGAAAAACAUUGGUAGUACAGUGUAGUUCCCAUCACUCGGCUAUAGCUCUUGCCUGUGAACUUUAGUUACACCGCAGAUACUGCAGGCAAGGAGAAUUGAUAUGCGUAUCUAUAUACAAAAUACUCAGGCCAUAGCAACUAAAGCUAAGCCGCAGUAUGCACAUAGUUGUAUGAAAGAAAAGUCUGUAUUUAGGGCUAUAAGCAAGUAUGUAUGUGUAUAAUGCUCUAGUCAGUUGGGGAUAUAUGUUUUAGGUAUAUACACAUCUUGAAUGUGUAUGCACGCAAAGGUAACAAAUUAUUGUAGGUGUCAUCUUCUGCUAAGAACAUAACACCCCAGGUUUGAGAAUGUAAUCUGCUGUCCUGUAAAGCAACUAAUGGUAAUUGGGGCUGUUAAUAUUGCAUAUUUUUUAGACCAAUUCCUGUGGUUAAAGGACAACAGAACUUUGCCUCUUAGGCCUCUGGAAAUCUCAGUACCAUGGUGGUGUUUUGUGAAAGAGCCAUUAGGUGAGGGGGCCUUGUAAAACUCUUGUAAAUGACCCUUUCUGCUUCUGCAGGUUACUGCAAUUUCAUUGCAUGCCUCAUCUUUUAGAAAACAAUUGAAGUUUACUUAUAUAUACAUAUAUAUAUAUAUAUAUUUAGUAAUGUAUACCAGAAAUGCAAUGUUUGCACAGCUUCCGUACCUCUCAGCUACUUUAGUUGGACUGGAGGAAUGAGUAUGCAACCAUGUAAUGCAUUACCUGCAUAUAUAUAAUAUAGCAGGAAGUAGGAGGGAUUACCCUUUUCUUUGGUUGGUUGUGUUCCAUUUAUAGAUGCUUGCGUUCAUAAAUGCAGGAAAAAUGGGAGAGUGUUUAGACAGAAAUACAUGUAAGAUAUUCAAGAUACAUAUAACAAUACUACAAAGAUAAAGCAUGUAGAUAAUACAUGAAUUCUUAGUUACCUAAGGUCUUGUCCCUUGGGUGCCAUAUUUCAUUUGUACUAGUUUACCACAAAGGGAACAUAAGGGGUCCAUGAAAAGAGUUGCCUACAAAUUGUAACUGUUACUUUAUUUCUAGCACUGAAAGGGUUUUUAUUGUACAUCUGAGGUUAUCACCAUGGUGAUACCAGACUUUUUUGGGGGAGCCUUGUAUAUGUGUUUCUGUAGUGAGCAGAAUCUCCAGAUGAGAUUGAUAGAGGCAGACAUCUGAAGAAAUCAUUGGAACUUCUCAUCAGUUAAAGCAUCACUGCAGUUCUAGUCCAAAUUCAACCACCAUCUGGUGUUUAGUAAAUGCAUUUAAAAACUCUUAUACGCCUCUCAGGUCUAGCAAGAAUUCCCUUCAUCUACUACAACUAACAUGUAUAUUAGCUAUCUUAAAUUAUUUUAUAUUUUAUACAUACAAACACUAAUUGUAGUUUCUUAAUUUGAAAUAUAUUUAUUUGAUUUUUUUUUUCACCUUAAUUUUAUUGGAUUUAGCUGUGGGUGUAUACAUAUUUUAAAGAGUAUAUGAAAUUUAUAGAAUUAUUAAUCCGUCCAAAAUAUUCUUCCCUUUGUCUGUUGGAAAUCAAUUUGUUUUGCUAAACUGUACUACUGUAGUGAAAAUAUGUAAAAAAUAUAAAUAAAUCCAUAACAAAAAAAAAA